AUGACUAUAUCCCACAUCGCCAUCCCUACAGCUUGUUCAGUGAGCGCGUUCACCCCGGCCAGCCUCCAGAAACACCUGAGCACUACGCCCAUUCUUCCCCUCCACCUGCCAAAUAUUGCGGACGCAUGGCCGGCACUGGCCUCUUGGAGCCUGAAAGAUAAUCUUCGAAUCCUUCGUGAUCGAAUUGGUGAAGAGAGGGUGGCCGAGAUCGAGCUGGGAAAGAGCGGUCGCGGUUAUCUAGACCAGGAAUGGCAAAAGAUCAACAUGCCCUUUGGUCGGAAAAUCUUUCAUGUGGUUCCUCCUGCCGCAUCCCCACAUCUCAAUCCGUCGCCAAAGCCAUUACACGCCAAUACCUCGCAGAUUCCCAUUCCUGUCUCCCGAAUCGUCUCUCCUUUUUCAGAAUCUGCGGAUCUCGACGAUCUCCCGCCAAAUACGUUGGCAGAAUGUAGAGACAGAUUGCGUCGAGCAUAUGAGCUCGAAGGAGGCUGUCAGGUUGUAGUUGGCCCUGGUGAGAGCGUGUUGAUACCCGAAGGAUGGUGGCAUGCCGCCGAGGGCAUAAAUGGACCAGGAGUUGGUGUCGGUGCUUGGUUCAGAUGA